AUGGCGACGAUAAUCCUAGACGAAGAAGAGAAGGUCAAGAUGAUCCGCUCGGUUCUGGGAGCGGAAGUGCCAGAAUCGGAGAUCCUCCGAGCAUUUUCACUCUGCGGAAACAGACCAGAUGCCGCUAUAAGCCUCAUGCUUGAUAUCCCCGGGUUUCUAAACCCACCGAUGGAUGUGAAGCGAACGAUUACAAGCACGGGAGCUCGGAUUUCUACCCAGAUAAUGGAAAAGACGCCUGAAUAUUCUGCCGGAGCUGACCCAAUUAAAGUGCUGGAGCCAAAAGCUGAAGUGAAGAUGGAAGAGCACGCAAUGGGCUUUGAGAAGAACCCUGCCAACGAACUGGAGACGAAGAUCAGAGUAAAGGAGGAGCAAAUCGAUGUGGGUUGUGUAAGUUCCAACGGAGCUCAACCCAUUAAAGUGCAGGUGCCAACGGUUGAAGUAAAGACAGAAGAAGACCCUCCGAUGGGUUCUGAGAAGAACUUUGUUAAUGAGUUGAAGAGGAUGAUCAGAGUAAAGGAGGAGCAAAUCGAUGUGGGUUCUAAAACGAAUCCCGUAAACGUUCUGGAAACAAACACCAGAAUAAGGAAGAUCGAAGAACCCAGUAUGUAUUUUGAGAAGGAUUCUAUGAACGGAUUAAAGGCGAAGAUCGAAGUGAAAGAGGAAGAACUCGAUAAGGGUUCUGAGAAGAACCCUAUAAAUGUUUUGGAGAAGGUACAAGUAAAGGAAAAACCAGCAAGUUCAGACCAAGGUCUGGCGAUUAAACGACAGACGGCUAACACCCUUCUUCGUUAUCAACCUAAUCAAAGGGUUCCUUCUCGUGUCGAGCAAGAAAGCACUCUUUUGAGCACAGAUGUAGAGGAUGGUGAGUUCCCAGAAGAACCAGACUGGUUUCUAGUGGGGAGGACUUCUGUCACGGGGGUUUCUACGUGCAAAAGGAAGAGGCUAGAGUUCAAUGAGAUCGUCCAUUUUGCCCUCCCUAAGAGAUUUUCAGAUAUUGUUCGCUUCUCAACCAAACGUUCAGGGGAGAUUGGGAGGCUGGCGAUGGAUUGGGCAAAAUGCAUCCUCCCUCUUGUUAGUUCUUCCAAGGUGAAGUACCGUGGUCGUUUUGUAGGCACACCUUCGGUCCUUACGCUGAUGCAAGAAAUUCCAUUAUACUUGAGUUUUUAUGUGCAUCAUUCAAUUUUUGGCCAGGGGGAUCCUUCUUCGCGGAAUUUAGUUGAACCCUCUAUGCAAUAUUCGACUUCUCAGCCUCUCCCAAGUUUGUUCAAACUGUUGAAUAUCAAACCAUUUCAGAAGGCAGAAUUUACUCCAGAGGAGCUUGAUACUCGAAAACGCAAGUUAAACCUGAAAGGGGAUUCAGAUCUCACAAGAAGAAAGGGCAGCCAAAAGGUUGGUGAACCAAACAAUGAUGAACAAGCUAUUUCAGAGUCAGCACUGAACAAGCUUGUUGGUACAGCAGAUGUAUACAACUUGGAGGAGAUGGAGCCUCCAGCCACACUCAAUUGUAAUUUAAAGCCAUACCAGAAACAAGCUCUCUAUUGGAUGUCUGGAUUGGAGAAGGGCUUAGACGUCGAGGAGGCAGCAAAAACACUACAUCCAUGCUGGUCAGCUUAUCGUAUCAGUGACUGGAGAGCUCCUUCAAUCUAUAUGAACAUCUUCUCAGGGGAAGCAACUACUCAAUUCCCUAGUGCUACUCAGAUGGCUAGAGGAGGAAUUUUAGCAGAUGCAAUGGGGCUUGGGAAGACUGUGAUGACAAUCGCUCUUAUACUUGCAAUGCGAGGCAAGGGUGUCCCCAGCAAUCAAAAGCCCAUCACAUAUUGUGUAGAUGAUGAAAUGAAGAUCUCUCAAAAGAAGGCCAAAACAAUAGUAAAAGGGGGCACUCUCAUUGUCUGCCCUAUGGCACUGUUAAGCCAGUGGAGGGAUGAGCUUGAAGCCCAUUCUAGGCCAGGCAGUAUUUCAGUUGUUGUACACUAUGGUGGUGACAAGAGCAUUAACCCCAGAGUGUUUUCAGAACCUGACGUGGUCUUGACAACAUACGGAGUCUUAAGUACCGCAUACAAACAAAAUCCAGAAUUAAGCAUUCUCCACAGAGUAGAGUGGUUCAGGGUGGUGCUUGAUGAAGCACACACAAUUAAAUCAUCAAGGACCAUUGGUGCUCAGGCAGCCUUUGCAUUAUCCUCACAUUGCAGGUGGUGUCUUACAGGAACUCCUCUCCAGAACCGUUUGGAAGACCUCUACAGCCUUUUGUGUUUCUUGCAUGUUGAGCCAUGGUGCAACUGGGCAUGGUGGAAUAAAUUCAUUCAAAGGCCUUAUGAAAAUGGCGAUGAAAGAGGUUUGAGAUUGAUUAAGGCUAUUCUUAGGCCAUUAAUGCUAAGGAGAACAAAGGAAUCAAAAGACAAAGAUGGAAGGCCCAUACUGGUUCUCCCCCCUGUUGAGAUCAAAACCAUUGAGUGUGUACAAUCUGAUGUUGAACGGGAUUUCUAUGAUGCCCUCUUCAGGAGAUCAAAGGUCCAGUUUGACAAGUUAGUGGCACAAGGCAAGGUGCUCCACAAUUAUGCAAAUAUUCUUGAGCUUCUACUCCGAUUGAGGCAGUGUUGCAACCACCCAUUUCUUGUCAUGAGCCGAUGUGAUACCAAAACCGAACGGUAUGUAGAGUUGGACAAACUUGCAAGGCGGUUCCUUGAAGGCAACUCUAAUCGAUCCAACCUGAAUCAGAUAGUCCCAACUCGAGCUUAUGUUGAAGAGGUCGUGGAGGAUAUCCGUCAGGGCAAAGACACUGAGUGCCCAAUCUGCUUAGAGUUUCCAGAUGAUCAUGUACUCACUCCAUGUGCACACCGGAUGUGUAGGGAGUGUUUGCUCAAGAGCUGGCCAACCCCAGAAGGAGGUCAUUGCCCAAUUUGUAGGACGCCGUUGAAGAACGAUGACCUCAUAACAUGCCCAUUGGACAAUCAAUUCUGGAUUGAUAUUGAGAACUGGAAAGAAUCAUGCAAGGUUUUGAAGCUCCUUGAUUGCCUGGAGCUUUUAUCCAGUUCCGGUGAAAAGAGCAUUAUCUUUAGCCAGUGGACUUCAUUUUUUGAUCUGUUACAGAACCCUCUGGAGAAGAAAGGAAUUAAGUUCUUAAGGUUUGAUGGAAAAGUGGAUCAGAAGCAAAGGGAGAGGAUCUUAAAGGAGUUUAGUGAGACCAAAGAGAAAAUGGUGUUGUUGAUGUCAUUGAAAGCUGGGGGUGUAGGUUUAAAUUUGACUGCAGCAUCUAAUGUUUUCAUAAUGGAUCCAUGGUGGAAUCCUGCAGCAGAGGAGCAAGCCAUAAUGAGAAUUCAUCGGAUUGGGCAAAAACGAAGUGUUUGUGUGAAAAGAUUCAUUGUUAAGGAUACAGUGGAGGAGCGGAUGCAAGAGGUCCAAGCAAGGAAGCAACGGAUGAUAGCAGGAGCUCUCACUGAUGUGGAAGAACAAUCCAGCAGGCUUGAGGAUCUGAAAAUGCUUUUCAGAUAGAAAGAACUCAGAAGAUUGUCUAUAUUUCUAUCUUAUUUUGUUUUGUUUUGAGAAAGCAAGCAU